CUGCCUCCCUGGAACAAUAGCUGAUAAUAGAUACAACUGGGCGUAGGCUUUACGGUAUAAAUUGGUAUAAAUAGCCUGUACUCAAUAUCCGUGCCCUCUCAGAAGACAGCCGUCAUCAUCAUCAGAAGAUCAGCCACAAUGAGCCCACGGGUCAGCCAGCUCCUCCUUUCUUUCAGUGUCUUCAUAGCAACCGCGUGCCUUGUGACGUCGGCAGUGUUGCCUAGCGACGAAUCUGAAAGCCUAAGUGUCAUCGGUUUACCACAAGACAAACGGAACUUGCGAGAGGAUAUUUCAAAGAUCCUUCUAAAUGACAUGAGGUUUCGGGAUAUGGAGGAAAGCGAAGAACCAAUUGCCAAACGACAGAAAAUGCUUGUCAACAAUCUUGCCGCUCUACUUUCGGGCUUAAAGCAGCGUCAGGUCGAACCCAGCAUGCGCAUGCCCAGUCUGAGAUUUGGCAAAUAGGAGCCCGGAUGUACUACAAGGCGGAGUUUCGAUGUGUGGUCACUUCAGCACGUCUAUUAAGGCCCUUAGUUAGCGCUGCACACUUGUAGGAGGGAGGAGCCCGUCUUGAGUGACACGGAAAAGCUUUCUAUAUGGUCCGGAUGGACGAAUAUCUAUAUGGGGAAAAUGCCAUGUUGAUGUGAAUCGAUGUUUUGGAAUAAAUAUUUUUUGCUCUUUGAAUAUUGUCUAUUGAUGGAUCUGAGUGGGCGCCAUUGCAGGAAGAUGACUGAAGACCUUUGUUUGGGUAACUGUUGGAUUUAAGCUGCUCAUUGACCUGGGGAAUUAUAACAAUGAUCAAACGGCAAAUGCUUUCUAAUGAACUCACCUUUCUUGACAAUGCCCUCAUAAUGAAUGUUAUAUAACGUAUUGUACAACUUCGACACAUUCCGCCUCUGUAAUAGUUGAUGCGUCACUGGUAAGGUGGGAAGGACCAAUAAAGAUCUGACGUUUUGUCAA